CUCUAUCUUUUUUAAUAAGAUUUAAAUUUCACGUGAACAAUAGGAUUGUUAAAAUGAGAUUUUAUUAAUUAAGGAAAAGAUAGAAAUGAAACUUACUACUGUUUGCUAUAUAUAUAUAUAAGCUUAUUUGUAUUCUUAUUUUAAAGCAAAUUCACAUAGCAAACUUGUUUUCUGUCAGUAACAUUGAAAUAUAACCUAAAAUAUAAUGGAAAAUUAGAAAUUAUUUUAAACAUGAAUUACAGUAGUAUUUCUAAUUUUGUAAUUAUUUUAUUCGUUAUAUUAUAGAAAUAUCAUUAAUUACAUCAUCGACGUUGUGCAAUAUUACACACUAUUGGAGACAUUAAUAUAUAUUGUAUUUUAUCAUUAUAUAAAUAAGAUAUCUACUAAAAUCAAUUUUAUAUAUGCAAAGAGAAUAUCAAUGAUUAGUAAUUGUGUAAAAUUCAUUCUGUAAAUAUAAACUGUUACAGUUAUUUGUUCUAUCAAGGAAGAAAAUAGUUAGUGCCUGAUCACAAAGACAAGAGAAAGAUGCCAGAACCUAACAGUACAAUGAAAAACACUACACCUGAAGAGGAAAUUGCAUAUGAAUGAUCAGACCAUGUGAAAUGUAUAAAGAGGAAUAUAAGGAUUGUACAAGCAUAAAAGCACGAUUUCAUCAAUAUUUUGUAUUUGGAGAACCUCUAGACUGUAAACAGUGGAAAAUUGAUUAUAAGAAUUGCAAUCUAUGGUCUGAACAUAAAGAUAAAGAAGCAUGUAAGCAAUUAAUAAACAGUGAAAAGAAGCGCAGACUAGAGAGAUUAGAAGGUCAUUAUAAUAAUGAUAUUUGGCAAAAGAGAGAUAAACCUCCAGAAAAUUGGAAUGCUCCAUUGCCUGACUGGCUAGAAAAAGAAAGUAGUAAAUCAUAUUUACGAAUUGUAAGUGACAAAUUAAAAGAAAAUCAAAAUGAGAAAGAAGAAAAAAAGUUUUGUACCAUAAUGUAAGAACAAUUUAAUGUAUUUAACAUCCUAGAUAUUUUUAAGUAGUACGUGAUACUUCAAAAUAAAAAUUCAGAAAUUAAA